AUGGGUGUGAACCGAUUCGAGUGCCGAACCUGUCCCUAUGAGUGGGCGCUGGAAAAGAAGUGGUAUGACCGGACCGACAUGAAGCAGAAGGAGGUCGAAGAGGCUCUUGGUGGCAAGGAUGAGUGGAAGAAUGCGGACAGUGUGGCCACACAAUGCCCCAAGGAAGGCUGCAACGGCGAGCGGGCAUACUUCUACCAGCUACAGAUUCGCAGUGCAGACGAGCCGAUGACUACAUUCUUGCGGUGUACGAAAUGUGCAACCCAGUGGAGAGAAAACUAA